GUAGUAGAAUAGAAUGAGAAUUGAGAGUAGUGCGGUUUGCCGGUGAGAUCUGUUGUUUAAGUUAGUGCUGUAAUGUCAUGCUAUUGCUAUCUCAUAGAUUUAGAUCUAAAAUCUCCCUUCUUCAUUGCUGAACGCGGUUAAGGCUAUGUUAUGAAUGCGUUCUAAUUAAGACACAAUAAUGACAAGGAAACAAGCAAGUUCCACGAGACGUGGCGGUCUUUCAGGAGUCUUGCAUUCCAAAUCCAAAUCUUCUCCUCUACUCUCCAUAUCCCUUGUCCUAUUUGUAGCCAUCCUUCUCAUCCUUUAUGCUUGUAUCGGGUCAGGUAUAUUGGGAGGAAGAAAGGAUGUGAUUAGCAUGGCUGAAGAUGAUUUUUCAUGCACUUUUGAAGUUCCAAGUGCAAUUCCUGUUUUGAAGAAUGCAUAUGGUGGCAGCAUGAAAAAUGUUUUGCACGUAGGCCCUGAGAGUUGUUCGGUGGUCUCCAAAUUUUUAAGAGAAGGGGAAACUGAAGCAUGGGGUGUGGAGCCAUAUGACUUAGACGAUGCUGAUAGGAACUGCAAGGCUCUUGUGCAGAAAGGCAUUAUACGUGUUGCAGAUAUAAAAUUCCCUUUACCAUACAGGGUGAAGUCUUUUUCUCAUGUUAUAGUGUCAGAUGCUUUGGAUUACCUGUCUCCAAAAUAUAUAAACAAAACUCUUCCUGAGCUAGCAAGGGUAUCUUCUGAUGGUAUUAUUAUUUUCACAGGUUACCCAGGUCAACCGAGAGCUAAAAUAGCACCAUUAUCCAAAUUUGGCCGUCCACAUAGGUGCUGAUGUUGGCAUUUCAAUGUUAGCUUGGGACUAGUCAAAGGAUUAGUGCAUAGCCAGUUCACGUGAAUGUGGGGAUGUAGAUGGUGGUGGAAUGUUAGGAUCCAAUUGUAAGGUAUGAGACCUGAAUCCCACAUUGGAAGUAUUGGAUUGGCCUUGAACUCUCUCCAACUACAACUACUAGCUUUUGUGGUAUGGUUCUCCUAAGGUUCUUAUCAAUUGAUAUCAAGGCUUUGCAGUGUUUGUUUCAGCCUAGUCAAAGGGAAGACUAUGGAGUGUGUUGGAUGUUAGGAUCCAAUUGCAAAGGGAAGUAUGGGGUUUCUGUGUGAGGUUUAUAAGGCUUUAGAUUCUCCAACUACAGUGACGAGCUUUUAUGUGGCUUUAGAAUCUAAAGCUAGCACAUAAAUAACAAAGCUUUUGUGUUUGUUGAAGGUUGAUUAUGUUACGUAGUCCAACUGCUAGAAAAUCCUUUUCAUGGCAAAAUGGUACCAAAAUUCGAAGAUAAUAGUACUUAAUAUUGUGAUAAAAUAGAAGCACAUAAAUAUACAGAGGAGCUAAGUACUAUUAUCUUCGAAUUUUGGUACCAUUUUGCCAUGAAAAGGAUUUUCUAGCAGUUGGACUACGUAACAUAAUCAACCUUCAACAAAGCACAUGCAUAAUAAACUGUUAAUGACAAAUGCUAAUUGAGCUAGCUGGAAUACCCGUAUAAUAAUCUUGGUUCAUGGUCAUUUUUUAUUUGUCUUUUUAGCCUAGAGCUCAUUAUAAUAUUAAGUAAAUGCUUCCUGAAUUUGAACCUUUGUUUGCCACAUCACAAGGCAGCAAAUCAACUUUGUAGUCUCACGCCAAGGCUCACCUUAUAAAUGAUAGUAAUAAUGUUUUAGAAGACCAUUUUCUUAUCCUCACUUAUAUAUAAGCAAUUAAGCAUUCUACUUUAUCU